UUUUAUAUAUUUUAUAUAUUUUAGAGAGGACUGGGCUCCCGGUGUUUCCAUGGCAACCCAACCGGCUGCAGGAAGUCCCCACCGGGCCUCGGCCAAUCACAGUCGAGCGGCGGCGAGGACAGCCAAUGAGAUGCUGAGGGAGAUGAGACGUUUGAAAACGGAGAUGAAGACGCUGCUGAACCCAGAAAACUCUCCAAGAACCACCAGACAUGGACCAGACCACCACCACUCCCAACCAGACCAAUUACUGUCCCAGUCCCAACAAACUGAGUCCCAACAAGCCCAGUCCCAGUCCCACCAAAGACCUUUCCUACAGUCCCAGUCCCAACAUCCUGAGUCUCAUCAACCUGAGUCCCAACAAACCCGGUCCCACCAAACCCAGUCCCACCAAACCCAGUCCCAGUCCUACCAAAGACCUUCGCUACAGUCCCAACAAAACCCCUCUCAUCCAAACCGUUUACAAUCCCAAACGUCUCAGUCCCAGUCCCAACAUAAUCCGCCCCAUCACACCCAGUCCCAGUUCUCCCAGCAGCCCCGGCCCGCGCUGGACCGAAGGAGGCCCGUGGUCCCGUCCAUGUUGGAGGAGGCAAGUCUGGUUCUUCGUCAGGUUCGGAGACGGAAGAAGGUUCUAGAGGAGAACCUGGAGUCUCUGAGGAGAGCCAAGUCCGGAGAGGUUCUGCACUGCCAACUGGAGGCGCUAGCUGCUAACAGGUAGCUAAUGCUAACAGGCU